AUCAUCCUUUGCGUUUGUUCUUAGAGAUGGCGACGUGGAGCGACGUUGAGCUCCUUGUCAACGAAGAUACAAACUCCGCGCGGCUGUACGGUGUGUCGACAGAGGAAAGUGGAAGCGGAUUGUAUCAGGUGGACACACUGGUCAAAAUCUCCUCUGCCGAUGAGGUGCCAGCAGAUCCCCGGCUUUUGUCUUUUGGUGGUUUAAACUGGAGCAUUGUGGUUGUUGACAAGACGGUGAUCCUGUUUGAUCAGAGUUAUCAGACCGUCUUGCUACUUUUUCACUUUGGAACUGACGUGGACGCCAUCGACGUUUGCCUUGGUGGGACAUUUUUGGUGGUCUGUGAAAGAAAUGGGAACCUUCAUUUGAUCUAUGUUCCACAAAAAAGAAUCCUCUUUACAAGGACUUUGGUUGACAAACCCUCGAGUAAUGAUGAGAAAACCUACCGUUCCAUCAUCAUAAGUGAGGACAAGUCAUCCGUCGGGAUGUACCAUGUCUUUCUACUCAUAAAGGACGGCUUUUUCCACAUUUCAAACCUCACUUUGACAAAGAUCCAGACAGCAUGUGAAAAUAUGGAUGUGGGAGCUUUUAAAGAGCUCCAGAGUCUCAUCAAGGUGGACUUUAUCUCCACUGAGGAUUACCAUGAUGAGGGUUGCAGUACAGCAGUGAUUUUCAGUCUUGGCCAUGAACUCAACCUAUUGAUUGGGGGGGGCAAAGAUAUUGUUGUGACUCGCUGGAAGAUGGAUCCUCUUGAAGGAAAAAUGUGUUUUUCUCAGUCCAUCGACAACAGCUUGAUUCCUGGUGUGAGAAAGAUGGUGGUUGUGGAAAAUCUGUUGUAUAUUUUGGACUCUGAGGAUGUUCUGAGCGUCUGGUACCUGCAUUUUCUCGUCAUGAUUCACUCCUGGCCAGAUCUAUCCUUCCAUGACUUUGAACUAACCACUGAGUGUGGCUCUGCCUCUAUUCAAGACCAGAGCAAUAUGAAGAUAAUUACUCUGACGAAGCAAAAGAGCGGUCAGAUCAACUCCCUUCAAAUCAGAUGUCUGCCCUCCAUGAGUGUUUGCUACUCUCUUGACAUCUCCUCAGUCUCCUGCCUCGUCCAGAUGAAAACAAAUAUGGAUGCAAUUUAUUUGGUCGAGGCGAUUAGUGAGAACCCAGAAAGCCAAGGAGAGCCUGUAGCAACUGUUGUUGUGCGAUGUUUCACUGAGGCUUUACCUGAGAACAGGCUGAGUCGGCUGUUAUACAAGCACAUGUUUGAGGAGGCUGAAAAGUUUGCCAUCGCGUUUGAACUCGAUCUAGAGCUUGUUUACAAGGUGAAGCUUGACUUUGUGCUGGAGCAGCUGGCCUCUGCCUCAGUGGGUGGAUAUGGACCAGACGUCUGGUCUGAGCUCAUAGAGGAGGCCAAGACAAACCUGGUGAAAAUUGCGGAUGAGCAGUACGUGGUGGACUAUUGCCUGAAGGCUCCCUGGCCGACCUUUGAGACCGCAGAGAAGAUGCUAAACCACGCUGCCUCGCGCUACUCCUGCUUACAGGUCCACGAGGCCUUGGCCCGGCUUGCCACAUUCUGUAGCCUCCAUGGCUCGGAAAAUUUCAACGGGAUUGCCUGGAUCGAGUUUCUAAACUGCACCGACAAUCUUGGAGAAGUUUUGACCCACUUAAGAGAGGGAGACAUGAGGGGUGCACAGCUUCUUUGGAUGAGAUACGAGGGACAGAUCGCCCUAGAGUUUGAUGAGAAGUGUCUUGAAGCAGUUCUAAGUGCCAUCCCAGAGGACCUGCCGUCCCAAAACCUCUGUCCUUGGUUUAGGACAGUCUUUGUCCCUUUUGUGAGGAGAGUCUUUCCAAGAGGACAGAGAAUUUUGGCUAAAUGGCUGGAGCACAAAGCAAGAAAUUUGGAGUUUACUGAAAAGGGUUCUUGGCCUCAGAAUGGGCUGAAUUUGGCCAUGCUUGGACUUCCCUCUUUAUGGACCUGGAUUAAAUCUGUUGAUGAUAAUGAUGGUGCAAAUGAAUUGGAGAGCCUGAAGUCUCUUGUGUCCAACCUGCGUCAACUGCUGGACCUUCAUCAGAAAUAUAACUGCAGACUGCCGCUCUCAGUCUUUGAAAAGGGAAGUGAGCUGAGUGUGGCUUUCUUUUUGCUGGACAAAGUUCCAGCUCCGGAGUUGAUCGCAGCCACAGUGGAAAACAGCGUUCGGCCGUACGCAGAGGAGUACAAGCUUCCAUUAGAUGAACUGCUGCUGCAAUACAUCAAGGAUCUGUUGGAGCGCUGCAUUUCUCAGACCAUGAGCCUUUUCAUUGAAGCCAAAGCGGUGGCUGUGAUCGGCUGCAUGACUGACACUGAUCUGAAGGUGGAUGCUGUUCUAGAGAUCAUGCAGAAAGCUGUGGUGUCCUGGAGCAAUGUGGUGGAAAAACUUGUGCAGGAAUACCUGGAGAUGGAUGGACCAAAACAGGAGCUUUUGAAGGAGAGCUACCACCUGAUGGAGAUCAGGAAACUUCUUAGGGGCUACGGCAUUCACAACUUCAACCUCUCUAACAGCACUCAGGUUAUGUCACUCAUUCGAUACAUCCUGAAUCAAGACUUACCGAUGUCUUUAGAGGACUCUCUGACAUUAGCAGAGGCUUACAAUCUACCAACAGCACAAAUCAAUUAUCUAUACCUCAUCCAGUUGAUCAACCAUGGCAGGACUGAGGAGGUCUUGACCGUCCUGAAGAAGCUGUCCUCUGAAGAGGCGGUGUGUGUGAUAGAGCGUCUCACAUCGUGGGCUCGGCUGCAGCUGGAGGACAAAGUCCACAUAUCUGAUGAGCACAAGAAGCACCAGAUGACUGUAGCUCAGGUGAUAGUGGAGGCUCUAAAACACCUGCAUUUAAUCCUUAAACAUGAUGCUCUUAAAAGCAUGGAGUGUGAGUACAACCUCAUCAUGUUUAAGGCGAUCGCCCACCUACAGGAAGAUUUUGAUGUUUUCUUCACCCCCUCCAACUAUGAAGAUCCAAACAUCAGAAAGCAAAUCCAAGAGCAUCACAUCACAGCAUAUGAAAAUACUCGAGCUCGCCAUUCCUCAAGAGGGAAGGCUUCCUCAGCUCCAAUUGUGGCAAAUGACCCAGAUGGGAAGACAAAGACUAUCUCCACAGAAGCUGGCUUACGCCGGCUUGGAAGGCAGCUGCAGCGCACUGAGCAGGAGCUGUGGUCUGACCUGGGCCUUCGAGCUCUGAGAGUGGGGAAGGUGGAAAAGGCCCUGAAAAUCCUCAGUGAGCUGUACGAGUACCACUACAACAGCAAUACAGGGAAAGUUCUUUUCACCGCUGCCAGGACUUUGUGUCAGAUGCUGCAGGCAAAUGUUCCCAUGGUGAUUCCUGAAGGCAUGGAUUUACCUGCAGUCAUCCACGAUCUGGCCUGCCAGGCCAUCACUUUGUGCAACUCUGAUCUACUUUUGGACUGCCUGGAGCUUUGUAAGUGCACACGGAUCGCCAUGGAUGUAUAUCACCAGUGCCAGUUAUCUGACGAUUAUGGCUUCCUAGCAAAGGAGUCUAGUUUGGAGGCAGAAAAAGAUGCCUACUCUCAGUGUAGCUUUCAGGAUGUUUUCAACGAAGAUUGCAUAGUUUUGGAUCCAAUGGCAGUUCUUCCUGUGCAGUAUGAAAUCACCAAUUGCCUGUUGCCUAUUCCCCAAGACACUAAACUGUUUCCGCUGGACUGUUCCUGUCUGUCCCAUUGCUCAUUUGUGGAUGGUUCAAACCACCUGCAAACCCUCCAAGAACCCCUGACCAGCAUGCUGCAGAUGCUGCAAGAGUGCAGUCAGCUGGAGUUGACCCUCAGAGUGCUGGUCAAUUCUUAUGGCAGCUGCCUGAAGCAUGUCACCUCCAAUAUUAUGGACACAAAGCUGAGCGUUCAGCUUUUUGACAGCAAAGAGCUCAUGAAGUACAACAUGUGCCUGUCUGGUGUCAGAAAAGCAACACUAUCCACUCUGAAUGCUGUAGCUGUGGGCCUUUUAAAUAAAGUAUUCAGCUGGAGAGUGGUGGAUUGUGACUUUGCGAUUGGUCUGUGUACACUCCUACCCAAUGCAGAAGUCUUCAAAAUAUUGUGGAAAAUUAUAGACAACACCUGGCAAAACUAUGACAAAAUUCUGGCGGUGGCGAGGAUUGGUGCCAAUCUUUGCAGUUUAUAUACUGAGCCAGAGCAGCAGAAGAAGUUUCUGUCUGUCAUCACAGAUGCAGAAUGGGGAGUCAAGCUUGGAAAAUUAGAGAUCUCCAUCCAGCCAGUGUUUCGUCAGCGUCCGGAGGUGAAGAGCUGUCUGAUACCUGAAAUGGUGAAGAACAAGAUGAUAACCCUUGAAAUUAUUCUCCAGUAUUGCAGUACAUUUGGUCUGAACCGUGAUAGCGUGAUCAACCAGUACAUUACAAAACUGCUGCUACUCCAAGAAGAUGAGGACAGCAGCGGGGUCACUGGCUCAGGCCCGCAGGAUGACGGGCAGACUCUCUGUAAUGAGGAAGUUUUGGAACGAGUGCUACAGAUUAUCCCCAUGUUGACAAGCCCAAGUGAGCUCGUCGACAGUCUGUGCACUGCCAUGUUUAAGCUCAGUCCUUACAACUACGAGCGGAUUGAAGUGGUGCUAAAGAUCAUAAAGGCAGCGGAUGAGAACGUUACCGCCUUCUCCCUCAGUCAGGCAAUGGGCUUGCUUCAGCACCUGAAGUCCUACAAGAGAGUCUCUCCUCCCUCGGAUGUGGAGAACACUUAUCUUCUGGAAAAUGGUCUUCUGCCAAACCCCUUGUCCAACAGCAGGCUGCCUUUCCAUCUCCUCAUUGAGACCAAACAUUUCUGGAAAAUAAUCUCUCCUGAGCUGAGCGAAGAGACAUUCCCCACACUUCUUCUGAUUAGCAAACUGAUGAAAGUGAGCCUCGACAAGCUUCAUAUGUCAGCAGCGAACCACGUGUUUGAGAAGAAGUUGAGGCCGUUAAUCUUGAAGCAAAGGAAAAAGGGUCAAGGGUACAGUCACAGUAAGGAGGCGUUAAAGGUGGCUGUGAACAUGAUGAAGUACAUUCAAUGCAUCCAGAACCUGGAGUGGGCUACAGCCACAGCCCAUAAGAUAACACAGGAACUUCCACCAGGCUUAGAGAAGAUUCGCUCUCUUCGGUUCUGUUUGGAUCUUGGAGAGCUUUGGCUUAAAGAUCCAACUCUUGAGGAGGCUUCAAGAGCCCGAGGGGAGAGCUUCCUGUCUAAACUGAAGCUGCAGUUUCAGCGCUCUGCCACGGAGAAUACUCUGAUAAGCAGUAAGCUGAGCAGCCCGGAGCUCAUGAAGCUGACCGGGCUGCCCGCCAGGCUCAUCAUGGCCCUGUAUGAGCACAGCAGCGUGGAGCAGCGAUACAGAGAUGCAGAAGGUCACACGUUUCCUGACAUACAUGCUGCUGUGAGGGAAAUAGCCAAAAUCAACAAUGUGGAUCUUGUGAAAAUCCGCACCAUGCUGUUAGAAAAAUGGAUCUGCAAAACAGGUCCAGCUGUAACCAAGGAAAUGGGAAAUCAGGACUGUGUCACCAACAUUGAGGAGGAUCCAGACUUAAUGAGGGUGGUCUACAUCCUGAAGUCUCACUCUGUAGAUGAUGCCAUCCGCCUUCUGAUCCCCAUUCUUUCUGCUGAAACCUGGCCGCUCAGCUCAUCAGGACCUCGCCUGACUUUCUGCCACCGAACACGAGUGCUGCUUUGUCUCAUCCGCCUUGCUGACGCCGCGACUGUGGAGGCUCAGCUGCAGAUCCCAAGGAGCAAACACGAAUACUAUCUGAAGUCCUACAUCUUUGUGUCUCAACUUGAGGCAUUGAAUAUCCCCUACACCGUACAGGCCUUCAUCAGCAGUCCCAAAGAGGGCUUGAUUAAAGGACUGUGGAAGAACCACAGUCAUGAGCCGCAGGCUGUGCGUCUGGUAGCUGACCUUUGUCUGGAGUACCAGGUCUAUGAUCCUCAGCUGUGGAAUAGUCUGCUUCAAAAGCUGCUGGGUUUCAACCUGAUCAGCCAACUCCAGAAGGUGCUAGAAGCAGCUGUGGCAGUACCAACUUUAUGGGAGAUCUCCAGUUUCUCCAGGACUUGGAGGAGUGCGAUUCUGACACCUUUUGUCUCAGCAUCGGUUCCUUUGAGCCCGGACCAACAAGCUAUGCUCUACAGGUCUUUUGUUCUGCUGUUGAAGUGUCCCUUCCUGCUGAAUCUGGACCUGAUGGGAAUUGCAAAUCGCUUUGUUCAGUUUAAUCUUCCUGCCUUUGCUUUGGGAACCCUGCUUCUCAUCACCUGUCCGACUAAAAAGGCACAGCAGAUCCAGGACUUUCUGUCCAUGUGCAACCCGGUGGCUGUCCUGGAGCAGGUGGAUGAAUUUAUGAGCACUGGUGAAUUGGCAGGAAUGCCUUCACAGAUCAGAGAGACUGUAUUCAAAUUCAUCAACCAAAACGGACAGCACCAGAAACUGUUGAAAACAAAACACUUCGACCGCCUGAAGCAGCUGGUUGUAUCCAGUGGUAAACCCGAGCAGGUGAAGGAGUUGGUGGACUGUCUGAUCAGCCAGAACUGUCAGGAUGAUGCUGAUUCGCUCACUCGUGAAUACCUGAAGCACAGAGAGCAGCAACGCGGGAAAACGCUGCCUAACGGCUCGCAUUCAGAGGGCUGCCUGAAGGAGUUUGUCAACAUGACGAAUGGCGUAUGUGGAUAAAGCAUCAUUGUUUUUAAUGUUAUAUUUAUACAUUCUGUCUCUGCCUUCACUCAACUGAGACGCAGUAUUUGCACUCAACCUGUGUUCUAUAUAUUGUUCAUUUAAUGUAGAAUAAACUCUUCUUUCUUGAAAAUUUC